AUAAUGAGGAUUAUAUAUUCUAUAAAAAAGCAAAAUACGCCAUUGAUGACUUUUUAGAAAACCUACAAAAAGAAGCCGAAUCUCUAAAUAAAGAUAAUUGCCUUUUAAAUGAUUAUUUGUCUCAUGAACAUGAAAAUAUACAUGAAGAUAUUCUUGCUUUACAGAAAGAUAUAGAAAAUUUAGAAAAAUGGCAUUUAAGGAAGAAGUUUAGAGAAUAUUAA